GCUUUUCCCCACAAGCGUAUCAUUGAAUACGACCAACCUGCUCACUUUUUUGACAACGCGACAUAUUACUUGGGAGCAAGGGUCUGUACGCCCAGCACGCCUUUUGAAACUGCAUCCCACUCAACAUAAUACCACCCGACUUGACUCCCGCUUGCGGAUCCCUCCGGAGUCCCAACACUCAUUAAAAAAGAAACUCAUCAUGUUCACUCAAUUUCCCGAUCUACCCCCCGAACUCCGAAACAGUAUCUGGCAACUAGCUCUCCCCAACGAAAUCAAACCAGGCGUGCUAUUCCAGUUCCGGCGAGGAUGCUGGGGCCCACUGCACCUCACAGACUCGCACCCAGCAUACGACCCAACCACCCCAGAUGAAAACAUAGCGCUGGAGUUCUUCCCAGAACGACUGGGGCCGAUCAGCACAAGAACCUCUCUCUUGCUCGUCAACCGCGAAGCCCAUGGCAUUUGCCUAUCCUGGAUUCAGGAGCUGGGCCUGAAAGUCUACUUCUCCCACGAGGAGCAGCGUCACAUCCUCACGCGCUGUUUCAAGCGAGAUCAUGAUAUCCUCUACAUCUCGCCGACGCAGCUCAAUGACUUCGCUGUCGACCCGCUCGAUCGACAGGCUGAGCCGGAUCUUAUGGAGCGGAUUAUUCUGGGCGGCGACGGGCUCACGCAGGUUGCUGUUCCCGCGUCGCUGCUUGAGAGAGAACCCACUGCGUUAGAAGAAAUCCAGGAAUGUUUUCCUCGGCUGCAGUUGGUGUUUGUCGUACUGAAUGCGCCAGAUGAGAUUGCUGCAGAGGAGACUUGGGAGAUCCGCGAGCAGGGGAAGGCGCUUGUGCAUAGUGCGGAACGUGGUCAAUUUGAAUGGGGUGAGGGUGAGAGUCUUUGCGAGGAAGCUGUGUAUCGACAUAUCGAGGAGGUGGGUAGGAGGCUUACCCUGGCGCUAUCAUCUGACUUCAACGAGGGCUUUGAGUUGAGGCCAGUCGCUGUCGUAAAGCGAGGGUCUAAGAUCUCUAAGCUCUUGGGUUAAGUUUCUCUGUAAAUAAGGUCCUAAUUGGCAUUCAUAUCGUCUGCUGUGGAAACAGGUGCUUUGUAAUUUCACGCUUCAGUGCUCGCAGGCUGGGCAGAGCCGCUGAGAGAGUUACACUGGGCGACUUCGAUCUCAUACGUUGAAAAUUACUUUGUGUAAGGAGG